AUGUCUCAAGAUAGCGCUUAAAAAAAUGGAGCUGAACUUGGAGAUGGUCAAAAAAUUGAAGAUUAUCUUUAAGUUCUUGAAGAACACCGCCGCAAUUGCGAAAAAGAGGGCAACUUUGUAGAAGCUGAAAUGGCAAAGAGCAGAAUUGAAGAGAUGAAGGUUUAAGAAGCUCAACGUCAACUGGAAUAGCUGGUUUUGAAGCAUCAAUAAGAAAAAGCUGAAUUGGAGGAUUAACACUAAAGAGAAUACGAUUAAUUCAAUCAGGAGUGGGAUUAGAGAAUGUCACAAAAAGAUUAAGAACAUCAGCUUAUGUUACAGUAACUAGAUGAGCAGCAUUAAAGAGAUCUUGAGAAAAAUAGGAUUGAUCUUGAUUAAAAGAUACCAGCCAUCUUUAAACCAUCAUCUGAACUUUUGAAUUUAAAGAAGAUCUAAGAUUAGCUUGCCAAGCAGAAAGAGUACGGUGAGGCUCACAAGGUUUAGCAAAAGAUAAUAGAGCUCUCAAAGGAAGAAGAGGAAAAGUAUUCAUAAGUAAGACAAAAGAAAAUUGUAGCUGCUGAGACUUUAAUGAUCUAGAAAUAGCAAUAGCAGAUGAAUGCUUUGAGAAAGAAAUGUGAUAAUUCAAUGAGUGAAGACAGAAAACUAAGAGAACAAUAACAUGAGAAGAUGCUACAGAAAUAUUCAAAUGUUAAGAGAGAGAUUGAAAGCUAAUAGAGCCUUGAGAGGAUUAAGCUAGAGAAACUAUUUGGAAAGCAAUUAUUAGCGAGUUAAUCUUCCUUAAGUUAUGGUUUAAAGAAAAAUGAUCAGGCCUAUUCUAGCAAGGGCUUCUCUAGUAACUCAUCACCAAAGAAAGGAUCAUGGGGUGCAUAAACAGGAAGAGAUAAUGCUAGCAAGUAAUUAUGA